AAUCACUAAUACUAUGUUUCUAACUGGCUUAAAAAACAAUGUUAACCUUUAUAACUCCAAGCACAAUCCCUUAUGCUGCUGCUGCUUCUUCUCCAUCGUCACCUCUCCUAAUUCCCACCCGCACCUCCUCUUUCUCUUUACUAUCUCACAAUCCUUCACUCAACAAGAAGCUCUCCUUCUCUGGAGGCAAAGGUUUUCCAGUGUUACGUGCUCAGAGUACUAGUUAUAACAGCGAGCAACAAUUUGAUUCAAUGGAACCAACCAAUGAAUCUACUGAAUUGAAUCGGAACCUCUAUCGUAAUAUAGAGCCAUACAGUACUGGUAUAUUGAAGGUUUCAGAUGUUCAUACUAUCUACUGGGAGCAGUCUGGGAAUCCUAAUGGCCAUCCGGUUGUUUUUCUCCAUGGUGGCCCUGGAGGAGGGACAUCACCAAGCAAUAGAAGAUUUUUUGAUCCCGAAUUUUAUCGAAUUAUCCUGUUUGAUCAGCGAGGUGCCGGAAAGAGCACACCUCAUGCUUGCUUGGUAGAGAACACCACAUGGGACCUCAUUGAUGACAUUGAAAAACUAAGAGAGCACUUAGAAAUUCCAGAGUGGCAGGUUUUUGGUGGGUCAUGGGGAAGUACACUUUCUCUUGCAUACAGCCAAGCUCAUCCUGACAAAGUUACUGGAAUGGUCCUCCGAGGGAUUUUUCUUUUGCGAAAGAAAGAGAUUGAUUGGUUUUAUGAGGGUGGUGCUGCUGCCAUAUAUCCGGACGCUUGGGAGCCUUUUAGAGAACUUAUCCCAGAAAAUGAGAGAGGAAGUCUUGUUGACGCCUACCACAAGAGAUUGAACUCCGACGAUCUUCAGACACAAUUUGCAGCUGCAAGAGCUUGGACCAAAUGGGAAAUGAUGACUGCCCAUCUUCUUCCAAAUGAAGAGAACAUAAAGAAAGGGGAUGAUGAUGAAUUUUCUUUGGCGUUUGCAAGAAUUGAAAAUCAUUACUUUGUGAACAAGGGAUUUUUUUCUUCUGACUCAUUUCUCUUGGAUAAUGUUGACAAAAUCCGGCAUAUUAAGACCACAAUAGUCCAGGGAAGAUAUGAUGUUUGCUGCCCUAUGAUGUCGGCUUGGGAUCUUCACAAAGCAUGGCCAGAGGCGGAAUUUAAGGUUGUUCAAGAUGCAGGACAUUCUGCAAAUGAGCCUGGAAUAUCUGCAGAACUUGUGGAAGCAAAUGAGAAACUGAAGAACAUUAUUAAGAACGGGUCCUGAAAAACUAGCUGUUGCAAUGAGACAAUCACUCAUUUUUGCGAUAUGUGGCUUGACGCAAAAGAAAAUGGGGCGCUUAAUAAUUUGAAGCUAGUUAAAAUGGGAUGAUAAUGAACAGAAAUUGUUUAAUCAAUGUAUUAAAAUGGUAUUUUGAAACACUUUGGUGUUGUGGGGCAUCCUUCAAUAAAAUGUGCUUUUCCUCAUCGGGGUAUUGGAGUGA